GUGGAUGGUCCAGAAACACACAACAUAUUAUUAUUUUUUCGAUAAAAUAAAUGUUAGACUUUUCUAACUACUUUUCAUUGGAAAUGCAAAUAAAGCGUUUUCAUCAAAAGCAAUCCAUUUUGAAUAGGAAACCACAGAAUCCUUGUAAUUACUACACGUGCUUAAUUACGUCACUUUAGUUUUGAGACGACUUUGCUGUGGCUUUGAAGCGGGCACCUGGCUCACAACUGGGAGGCAGUCAUUCCAAAUCGAAUGCAAUCAACCUUCAACCGAUAGAAAAAAACGCCUAAACGGGCGCCCGGUGUGAUUAAUCGAACCUCAUCACUGGGAACUAAUGCCGCCUUCAAAACAACAGGAAACUCGGAAAUAUCCGACUUUAGUAGCCUAAGACAACGGGGAACUCUGAAAAGACUAGCUCCGCCUGGGAAAGUCGUUUUGAACGGUCAACUCAGAAUUCAAAGUCGGUAACUUGGCCAUCUUUCUUUUGCUCUGACUUUUCGACCUGGAGAUCACUGACGUCAUGAUUUGACCUAGUUUUUGUCUGUGUUCCCAGUUGUCUUGAAAGCACCAUUAGAGAUUAAAUUUUGAAUGGCAUACUUAUUUAGAUUUUAUGCGGACUGGGGAUGAGGAAAAUGCGUUAUCUGAAAGGGAAAGUGUCAAUAACAUAUUCGCAUGUGGAUAUUUGUAAUAAACUACAUGACCAAAAGUGUGUGGACACCUGCUUGUGGAACAUCUCAUUCCAAAAUCACGGAAUAUGGAAUUGGUCCCCCCCUUUGCUGCCAUAACAGCAUCCACUCUUCUGGGAAGGCAUUCAAGUAGAAGUUGGAACAACGCUGCAGGGCCUUGCUUCCAUUCAGCCACAAGAGCUGGGCUCUGCUUGCCAGUCAAGUUCUUCCACACCGAUCUCGACAAAUCAUUUAUGUGUGGACCUCGCUUUGUGCACGGAGGCAUUGCCAUGCUGAAACAGGAAAGGGUCUUCCCCAAACUGUUGCCACAAGAUGGAAGCACAUAAUCGUCUGGACUUUAAUAUAAUUGUAUGCUGUAACAUUAAGAUUUCCCUUCACUGGAACUAAGGGGCCUGGACCGAACCAAGAAAAAACGCCCCAGACUUCCUGUUUCCAUCACAGCUGUCGUGAUUUUUUGUAUAUGGUAUGCUUAAUCAAAUAAAAACUGUGGAUGAAACGUGGUUAGUGACACUUCUCUGAGAGGCUUUUAUUUCGAAACGUAAAAUAUCCGUGACCCGGAAGGACUUUUUUUGUGUGUUGCUGACGAGUCGCUGGUCCAUGUGUUGUGGGAGCUGACAUCAAGCUAACGUUAGAAACCUAUGUUUAGAUAAAAAUGAGUUCUCAAAAGGGCAACGCAUCGCGGUCGCGAGGACAAAAGCACCAAAACACGACUGCUUACAAGAACGACAAAUAUGGAGCAAGUGUUCAAGUAAAGAUAGCAAACUCGAAGGUCCACGAGGGGUUAUGUCAACGCUGCAAGGAAGUUAUUGAGUGGAAAGUCAAAUACAACAAAUACAAAUCCCUUUCCCAACCUCGAACAUGUGUGAAAUGUUCUCAGAAGACGGUGAAGGAUGCAUAUCACGUCAUUUGUAAAACCUGUGCCCUGAAGCUGGAGCUUUGUGCCAAGUGUGGGAAGAAAGAGGACAUCGUAAUUCCGGUUAACACACAGAAGCAGGGAGAGGAAGAGGAGGAAUACACCAAUCAAAAGAUGACCGGACGUACUCGGAGGAAGGAGGACUUCAAUGAGCUUGAUGAUGACUUUGGUGACUUGGGCAGUGAUGAUGAUGAUGACUUUGCCAGUGACUCGGGUCCUGAGAAGGCAGGAAGCGGCAAGGCCCUUGUCCCUAAUGUGGCACAUGUUACUUUCAAAGACUAAAGACUGCUAAACCAGGAUGAUCCUAAAUGUACCUCCUAUCCAUUUUAUUAAUAUACUUAUCCUCUGAUUAUACAUACUUUUGCUAAGAAGACUCAUCACUAGAUUUAUUCACUCUAAAAUACAAUAGCCUACUUGUGUUGGUACGUUAAAUGGACAAACCCCACUUUCAAUAAACUGUUUUGUAGUAAAUGCUAUGAGAGAGCAAUUUUUGUUACCACACUAUUAACAUAAUUAAUUGAUGAUCUCAGUGGGUUUUAUUUAGUGCCUUUGGUAAUGACCACAUGCUAGUUUUGUUCUGCUUAUUCAAACACAUGAUCUAAAGUCCAAUGACCUUAGUGCUCCUCCUGACUUAAAGGAAUAGUUUACCCAAAUAACAAAACAAAAUGUGUUUCCUUACUUUGAAGGCGUAGUCUGUCCUCAUGCAUAGAUUGCUUAAAGAUACUACAAUGAUGAGUCUGUAGAUGCUGCCUCAAAUGUCCAGAGUGCACACUUUGCUACUUUCGAAAAAUGUCUUAAUUAUUUAGAUGCAGAUAUCAAAAGUAUGCCAAACAUAUAGGGCUCCCGAGUGGAGCAGCGGUCUAAGGCUCUGAAUCUCAGUGCUAGAGGCAUCACUACAGACCCUGGUUCGAUUCCAGGCUGUGUCAAACCCGGCCGUGAUUGGGAGUCCCAUAAGGUGGCGCACAAUUGGCCCAGCAUCGUCCGGGUUAGGCCGUCAUUGUAAAUAAGAAUUUGCUCUUAACUGACUUGCCAAGUUAAAUUGAAUAAAAAAUAUACCUUUUUUUCUAUUAAUUGAAUUUCAAGAAGAUCCUAAACAUAAUAAACUUUGGGCCAAACUCGCAUGGAAUGCCCCCCGAGAUUAAGACAAGUGUAUCAAUCAUAUUUCCUUUCUGCGUGAGGUGAUCUGCGUCUUUCUAUCAACUGGAACGUCUGUGGUUUAGGGCUGAAGCUGCGCCUGUUUGAAAUUGUCUGGAUUACGACAUAGAAGUUGCUUAAUACAAUUGUCUUCUGGUUUAUUUCAUUUGAAGAUGUUAGCUAAUUUACUUGGCCUAUUGGGACAUUAUAUAAAGCACUAUUAAUCAUUCGUAUCCUAACAAUCUCUUGAUAGUUUUAACCAUAUUUUGAAGCAAUACAUUAGGCCUAUUUUAAAAAUAUAUAUAUAUUUUUUUACAAACACGAGUAAAACAACGUUAGAGUUUAGGUUAUGAUGUGGUUAGUCAUAUGAACUUGUGAUAUCCUUCUGAAACUAAGUGGCUACCAUUGUGGUGUUUUUGAAAUUGAGGAGUAGGCCUUUAAUAAAAAUGUUUUACCAUUUUCAA